CCGUCAGUGGGAAACACACAUAUGUAAACAUUGUACAGCACUCUGGGCUCAUUGAUAAAAAAGAUUCUGGUCCUUUUUCCUCCUGCUCUGUAUGCUGAUGCACCACUGAGAAGACCAGCAACACAGAGCAAAGAUCAGCAGACGGGAGGGGAGGCGGUGGAGAGCAGGACUGCCUGCCAGAGGACCCCACGUGCUUCUUUUUUCUAUCGCUGCACCCUAGGCUGCUGUUCAUGGAGGACUGGAGUGCAUGAGGAGGACCACUUUGCCGCAGACCCCCCAUAGCCUGAAGCCACCCUGCCAAAUCUGGGACCAUGUCUGGAGGGUAUGAUGAGUACGGCAGCCAUGAGGGUGCCACGGACAGUUUCUGGGAGGUUGGGAACUACAAGCGCACAGUGAAGCGUAUUGAUGACGGUAAUCGACUCUGCAAUGACCUAAUGAACUGCAUCCAGGAGCGGGCCAAAAUCGAGAAAGCUUACGCUCAGCAACUCACUGAUUGGUCCAAGAGAUGGAGGCAGCUAGUAGAUAAAGGCCCACAGUACGGCUCAGUGGAGCAAGCUUGGGUAGCGAUGAUGGGUGAGGCGGAAAAGGUCAGCGACCUCCACACGGACAUGAAGAACCAACUAAUGAACAUAGACUUUGAGAAGGUGAAGAACUGGCAGAAAGACUCGUACCACAAACAGAUGAUGGGAGGAUUCAAGGAGACCAAAGAGGCAGAAGAAGGCUUUAAGAAGGCCCAGAAACCCUGGGCCAAGAAGCUGAAAGAGGUUGAGGUUGCAAAGAAGUCAUACCACAUGGCCUGCAAAGAGGAGAAGCUGGCUGCUACAAGAGAGGCCAACAUAAAGGGAGAGGGCACAACACCAGCUGAGCAGAGGAAAAUACAGGAUAAACUGGACAAGUGCAAACAAGACGCACAGAAGACGAAGGAAAAGUAUGAAAAGGUUCUGGACGAGCUGAAUAACUGCACCCCUCAGUACAUGGAGAACAUGGAGCAGGUGUUCAACCAGUGCCAGCAGUUUGAAGAGAAGAGGCUGAGCUUCCUCAGGGAGGUCCUGCUGGAUGUCAAACGCCACCUCGACCUCACAGAGAACCAAAAUUACGUCACGAUAUACAGAGAUCUUGAGCGGGCCAUUACCUCAGCUAGCCCUGAAGAAGAUCUGAAGUGGUUUAGUAAUAUCCAUGGCCCUGGCAUGCACAUGAACUGGCCAAGGUUUGAGGAGUACAACCCUGAUCUUAUUCACUCCAUCUCUAAGAAAGACAAGUCAAAGAAGUUUAAUGAUGAUGUCAUGCUGACCAGUGUCAAGGCACCAGCAGGCAAAGUUCAAGCAGAAGAUGGCGGAAGUGUGAGCAGCUAUGACAAGAACCAGGCGUACUCCUCUAAUGAAUGGUCAGAUGAUGAACAGAAGGGCAUUCACUCAGGCAGUGAUACAAAUGGAGGGUCCAAUCCCUUUGAUGAAGAGUCUGGCGAAGGUGUGAGAGUCAAAGCGCUUUAUGACUAUGAAGGUCAGGAGCAAGACGAGCUCAGCUUCAAAGCAGGUACCGAUUAGGGGAGGUCCUAAGUUAACCAGGUCAUUUGGCUCAACCUGACUCUCCUAGACCGCAAUAAGAGCACUCCCCAGAUGAACCUCAACCUUCAGACUCAUCCAUUAUAUCACACUGUCCUUCAUAACACUGAUUAGAACCUGUAAAUCACAUUGUAUACCCUAGCUGGUUGUUACCAUUUUGUUUCUUAUCAUUGUGGUUAAUUUCACCCAAUGGCUCAAUCAGAAAAAGAGUAGCAAAAUCUAUGAAUAUCACCAAAAUAAAAAGAAAAUUUCAUCUACAUUGCAAACACAGAGACUUCUGCAGCUCUUCAGCUUAUUUAAUUUUUAGGCAGUAAUUUUGGAUGCUUGUGUUAUAAUGUGACGUUUAUUCAAAAAUCUAAAUUUAUCCAGCUGAAGAUGGCUUUUCAUUGAUUGUUUAGGUUUGAUACAUGUACACUGUUAUUGGCUUGUUUCCAUGUCUAAUAAUCACUGUGAUAAUGAUAAACUUAAAAACUUAAGAGGAAGAAAUUCCGAUAAUCAUAAAGAUAAAAUUGUUAUAUUUUUUAAACGGAGCACAUACAUUUAAUCGUAGAGCUUGGACGCUCAGGGUGGAUUGCAUGAUAUUUGGGGGAUGGAAUCAGCAAUGAUAGCAUGAGGAAAACCUCUAGUCUGGAUGUUGGUAUUCUGUUUACACUUCUGUGUUGCAAAAUUGUUCCAUUCUUAUUAAUCAAAGGUGGCAAAUUUCAUGUGAUCCAAAAUGACCUAUUUCUGUGCCAGUUUUAGAUUAAUAUACUUGUUUGUAUGAAUGAUCCUAAAGCUUUAUUUUGUGAUCCAAAAAAACUGCAGCCAUGUUCUAUUAAAAAUUAAUAUUUCUCCAUCA